CAAGUGUGACAGCAGUAUGUGCUUAGUAGUGUGCAUAGCUUGAUCUCUCCACUUGACUGUUUGGGUAUUGCUAAUUUUUGCUUUUUUCCCCCCUUGGACAUAAAUGACUGAUAGCCAAAUGGUUUCCUCAGAUUUUACAGCAGAUGAGAAGAUGGAGAUUGAGAGCAUUAAGUCAUAUAAGAAAGACCUUCUGGAUGAUAUCCAGAGGUUAAAGAUGGAGAUCGACAACGUCAUGGCGGAUAUACUGAGCUUUGAGUCUGCAGAGGAAAACAAGACCAUCGAGAAGAGCAAACGGUUCUCAAAUGGAAAGAAGAAAUUCAACAUGGACCCCAAAAAGGGCAUCAAUUACCUGGUGGAGAACAAGCUGCUGGAAAGAAGUGCUCAAUCCAUCGCUGAGUUUCUCUACAAGGAGGAGGGACUCAACAAGACAGCCAUUGGAGAAUUUCUUGGAGAAAGGGAGGAGCUGCACCUCCAGACCCUGAAGGCGUUUGUGGAACUGCACGAGUUCUCCGACCUCAACCUGGUCCAGGCCCUCAGGCAGUUCCUGUGGAGUUUCCGUCUGCCCGGUGAAGCCCAGAAGAUUGACCGCAUGAUGGAGGCCUUCGCCACACGCUACUGUGACUGCAACACUCAUGUCUUCCAGUCGACCGACACCUGCUACAUCCUGUCAUUUGCCAUCAUCAUGCUCAACACCAGCCUCCACAACCCCAACGUGAAGGACAAGACCACUCUGGAGCGUUUUAUCUCCAUGAACAGAGGCAUCAACAACGGAGAGGAUCUACCCAAUGACCUGCUCUCGAAACUGUACGAGAGCAUUCACAACGAGCCUUUCAAAAUCCCAGAGGAUGAUGGGAAUGAUCUGACUCACACCUUCUUCAACCCUGACAGAGAAGGGUGGCUCCUCAAACUUGGAGGUCGUGUUAAGACGUGGAAGAGGCGAUGGUUCAUCCUGACCGACAACUGUCUCUACUAUUUUGAGUUCACAACUGAUAAAGAGCCCAGAGGCAUCAUCCCUCUGGAGAACCUUUGUGUGAGAGAAGUGCCAUAUGCUCGCAAACCGUACUGUCUGGAGCUGUACAACCCCAACAGCCGAGGGCAGAAGAUCAAAGCAUGUAAAACAGAGACGGACGGCAGAGUGGUGGAGGGGAAGCACCAGUCCUACACCAUCUGUGCUGCUACUGCAGAGGAGAGGGACUCCUGGAUUGAGGCCAUCAGAGCAAGUAUCACCAAGGAUCCGUUCUACGACUUGGUCUCAGUCCGUAAGAAGAAGGUGAUAAACCAAGCUCCUCAGGACUGAGCUUUCCAGCGCCCCCCAUGGACAUGUAUAGUACUGCAACAGAGUGGGCUUCAGCCCUCAUUUAAGUUGUAUUAAGCGCAGUGCAACCCAACUGAGCAAGGUUACUGGAGGUGAGACACUGAUGAGGGUCGUUUAGGCUAAAAGAGGGACUUCUCUUUCCACUUCCCUCUUUGUACAGACUGAACUAAACAGUGUCAAAGGUGAAAACAUUGACUCAUUUUUGUUGCUCUCACUGUCAGCACAACAAGCCACAAAGAAUUUGUUGAUGUAUCUUCUUCCACGAGAAGUAGAUUUUCUAUCUGUGCCGCAAGACUUUGUUUCUUGGAUCAAGAAGACAAAUUAAGCAUGUGACGUCCCAGCAGAUCUGCUUCAUGCAUGCCACGAAACGGGAAGAUGUUUCUCAGUUUCCUAACAGUUCUUAUUAGGUUUAAAAUUUGGAUAUUUACAGGGAACAGUGAACUGCUUAACUUCUGUCCAGUGGAUCAUAAAUUCAGCAG